AUGGGUGUCUCACCUUCUUCACAACGAUUCCCAAUUUUGUUGCCUUUUUUUAACGAUGAAGACGAACCGCCAAGGAUUCUCGUCCUCGGAUGCCUUGGAAGCGGGAAGACGACGUUGUGUCGGCAGUUGAACCGUCAAACUCGAUCCCAGUCUCCGAUAGUUGAAUACUAUUCACACAAUCUUCAACAUCAUGUACUUACUGUGUGGAGAGCGUUGAAGAUCGUUUGCGAUGAGCUUCAGGUGGAUUAUAACAAUUGGGAGAACGAUUUCUCCGUACUGUACGAGUUCAAACAUCGUGAAAAACUUAGCGAUAAGGUGAUCGCCAGCUUAUUGUCGAUCUCACGAUCACAUCUCAUGGAAACGUGUCAACGAAAGAAACGUGUACUUCUUCAAAUGCCAUAUAACUACAAGUAUUUCGUUCAUCAUACGAACCGAAUGAUUGCCGAUGGCUACGUGCCAACCGAGAUCGAUAUCAUGUACUCGUACACACCAACAAUCGGCCUAGACGGUCAUAGUAUUCGACUAGGAAAAAAUAAGUAUGACGUACUGGAACUGCCUGGUCACCGAAUUUUUAGACGAAGAUGGAGCGAUUACUUCCGUAACACCUCCGUUGUCGUUUUUCUCAUUGAUCUUUGCGAACUUUGCGAUUCUAAUUUUUAUACGGGUUAUUUGAAGAACAAAACGAUUUCGAUUUUCGAACAAUUAGUUCAGAAUGAGCUUCUCAAUCAUGCUGGUUUCAUACUUUUAUUCAAUAAAAAGGAUCUUUUUGACGAUAUGUCACGUGGAUUCGACUUUAAGCAGCUAUCCUCUAACAUUCGGUCUCCUCAAGAUGCUCUCAGCUACUACCGGACGUCAUUUUCGACCGCUUCUCCACCGAAACGUUCUUUUCACCACGUGGUUUCACUUCUAAACUCUGCGAAUCUAGGCGAUCUAUUGGUUGAUUCACUGCAAAGGAUCUUCAAAUUCAACGCACAAUCCACAACUCCAUCCUAG